CAUUUCCAACCGGCUAGACUACUCACCGAGUCGCGUAUGCGCGUCGGACACGACGGGAGAGCACCAGGAGAGAGCUCAGUGAAUUACGUCGGAGCAGCGAGCCCAUCGUCAGGCGGACAACAGUAAAGGAAAAAGUUCCCUUUUUGGCGUCAAGAACCGGAGCAGAGAUAACCUAUCUGUGACCAAGAGUUGAAAGGCAGCAAGAAAAACAUGAACGGGGUGACACUUUUCUUUCUGCUGGUGUUUGCUGUGGGAAGGGCUCAGUGCUGUCUAGUCACAGCAAGCCCAGAUGAAAGACCUAUUCACCGGUAUUUCUGUGAGAAUCAAGGAUGUGCAGCCAAUUUGAAAUCUGUGUAUUGCAAUAAUACACAGCUCUUGAUGGAGCUUGACCCUGUCAUCCCAAAUUGCACAGGAUUUCCACCAAUCAACAGUGUCUGUAAGCAUGAUGGCCGGGCCUUUGUUUCCACUUAUACAGAUGGUAGUUGUGAGUUUGAAGGUGAAGGUCAUCUUGCAUCAGACAAAUGUCAAGACAACAACACCAUUUGUGCUUUCGGCAGAGUAUCAUCAGCCACUGAAAAUAAUGAACAAAUUAGUUCUUCAGAUAAUACUGGUCUAAUUGUUGGCCCCAGUAUAGCAGCAGCAGUAGUACUAGUCAUUGGACUUGCCUUGUAUUUCAAAAUGAAUAUAUGCAAAAAGAAACGGCAGGAGAUGUCCAAUAUAGGGAUGCAACCAGGAAAGAAUGACAACACAGAAACUAGUGAAAGAGAAUCUCUCAGAGGUCCUGGAUUGGCUGAUGAUGACACCUCUUCUUCUCCACGAAGUCUCUAGGGAGCUUAAAGUUCUGCCGACCACAGCCUGCCUGAACGACACCCUCUUUUGUAAUAUUAGAAAACAAAGAGUCAGAUCUUUUACCUGCUUUUUGUAAAUGUCUUGAGAUAACACUUUUUAUG